UCCUGGUAAGAGGCUAUGGGGCAGCUGGGAAAUGUGACAUCAUUGGUGCACAUUAACUUAAUAUGCCAAUUAGUUUAUUACUAUUCACAGAGGGGACAGGCACAGGCUCCAGAUCCUCAUGUCACAGCAUGCAUUGCAGCCAUGAUGUCACUGAGGUUGGGUCUGACUGUUUCAGGAGCUGCCUUGCUGCCCUACUGUGUAUGCUCCUGGGUGUGGCGCCACUGGUUACAGGUCUUGAUGAGCCUCCUUCCCGCCCCAACUUCCUCCUGCUCAUGGCUGAUGACUUAGGCAUUGGUGACCUCGGCUGCUAUGGCAAUAGCACCAUCAGGACCCCGAAUAUCGAUCGAUUGGCACACCAUGGCGUUAGGCUCACCCAGCACCUAGCGGCUGCAUCCGUGUGCACGCCCAGCCGGGCCUCCUUCCUCACUGGGCGUUACCCCAUCCGCACAGGGAUGACUUCUGGCUAUGGGCACCGUGUGCUGCAGUGGGCAGCGGGUGCAGGUGGGCUACCUCCUGAGGAGAUCACAUUUGCCCGGAUACUGCAGGAGCGUGGCUACAUCACUGGACUCAUUGGGAAAUGGCACCUGGGCCUCAACUGUCACUCAUCCACCGACCACUGCCACCACCCAUUGAACCAUGGGUUCCACCAUUUCCUGGGCCUGCCACUCGGCAUGAUGGGAGACUGUGCGGGGGCAUGGCCUUCUGAGAAGCGUGCUGCACUGGAGAGGCGCCUGGUCUCCUGGUCCCAGCUGUCUGCUCUUGCAACAAUCACCUUGUUGGCUGGGAGGGUAGUGGGCCUCCUUCCCCGCACACGGUGCAUUGUGGGUCUAGCGCUGGCUAUAGCUAUAGCAGCAGCCAUGUUCACCCUGGCAGCCCGUCACGUGGGUGGGUUCAUUGCACAUGUAGACUGCUUCCUUAUGCGGAACCACAGCGUUACCCAGCAGCCUCUGCAGCUGAACAAGGUCACUGGGCUUCUGCUGAAGGAGGCCGAGGAUUUCCUGCACAGGCACCGGCACGGGCCCUUCCUGCUGUUUGUGUCCUUCCUGCAUGUGCAUACCCCACUGGUGACAUCGUCUGACUUCCAGGGGCAUAACCAGCAUGGGCUGUAUGGGGAUAAUGUGGAAGAGAUGGACUGGAUGGUUGGCCGCAUUCUGGCUGCCCUGGAGCGAGAGGGUCUGACAGACAGCACACUCGUGUACUUCACAUCAGAUCAUGGUGGCUCACUGGAGGCCCGCUCAGGCCACAGGCAGCAUGGGGGCUGGAACGGGAUCUUCCGCGGCGGCAAAGGCAUGGGCGGCUGGGAGGGCGGCAUCCGUGUGCCAGGUAUCUUCCGGUGGCCAGGGGUCCUGCCUGCAGGACAGAUCGUGGAGGAGCCCACCAGCCUGAUGGAUAUAUUCCCCACCCUGGUCCGCCUAGGGGGUGGGACGGAGCCACAGGACAGAGUGAUUGAUGGGCGGGAUCUGCUGCCCCUGCUGCUCGGGGAGACCCAGUAUUCGGCCCAUGAGUUCCUGUUCCACUAUUGUGAGGUCUUCCUACACGCCGCCCGCUGGGUGCAGCGUGACCGAGGCAAGAUCUGGAAGGCCCACUUCAUAACCCCAAACUUUGAUCCAGUGGGGUCUGGUGCAUGUCCAGGCCGUGGAGUGUGCUCCUGCGUGUGGGAGGUGACAGAACAUGACCCGCCCCUGCUGUUUGAGCUGCACACAGACCCAGGAGAGACCCAAGUGCUGACACCAGACGUGGAGCCUGCCUUUCAUGAAGUGGUGACAAGGCUGCGGCAGGAACAUGCCCGCCACUGGGCGGGACUACACCAGAUCCAGCAGCAACUUGGGACUAUCUACAAUGUGUGGCGGCCUUGGCUGCAGCCCUACUGUGGGACCUUCCCGUGGUACGGGUGUGACCUGGAGGGGUGACUUCCUGGCAGGCCACUUCUGGUGUUGGUCACUCUUACAUCUGGCUAUGGGAAUACACUGUGGGAGCUGUGGGGCCUUACAAUGGUUUAGGCGUGUCAUAGAGGGCUGACUCCAAUGACAAUCCCUU